AUGUCUCCUGCGUACAGAGAAUGUCAAAGACGUCUUUUACGAGGUGAAAUUGGUUUUAAGUACCGUGAUCUACGUAUUUUGAAAAAAAAUUACAUUUAUCAUCUGGAUGAAUUAAAGAAACAUAUCCCUGACAACGUGUUUCAGCACGUUUCCAACUAUAUUAUUAAUCGUUCACGUGCAGUAUUAUAUGUGAAAGAAGGUAACUUACAAAGAAAGAUUGAUUCAUUUCGCGCAGGUCGUAGAAGAGUACCACGUGUUGAUCUAAAUGUUGUAAAAAAUUUAUCAUCUCGUGCAUUGUCAUAUGAUGGAACUAAAUGUCUUGCCCAUGGAUUGGAUUAUGGCCUUGUUCCUAAAAAUAUUCAGGAUAUGAAUAUUGUUAGUAUUAUUAAAAAUGGUUUUCAGCGAAUAACUGAUAUUUCUCAGCAUCAUAAAAAGAUGAUGUCAGAGGUCAGUGAAAAAGAUACAGUUGACAGUUCUGAUGUUCGUGUUCUUGAUUCAAAAGAAAUGACUUUGGCAAGCAAUUUUCGUUCUAUAACUGAUUCAUUUCGUCGUCAAGCUUAUCGUUUUGCUCAGUUACAGAAGAGAAUUAAUACUGAGCAGCAGAAAUAUCGUCGUUUAUUACGGAACUUGAAGAAUGAUAAAUCGAUUUUGGUUACUCGUCCAGAUAAUGGCAGAGGUGUUGUGUUAUUAGAUAAAGUCGACUAUUUAUCAAAAAUACAUAGUAUACUCAAUGAUACAACUAAAUUUUCAUUUUUAUCAUAUGAUCUUACAAUUACUCGAGAAACUAAAUUAAUUAAAUUGUUGAACCGAUUACUUGAUGAAGGUAGUAUUUCGAAAGAUUUCUAUAUUUUGGCGAAGCCAUUUGGUUCUAUUCCUAGUCGUCUUUACGGAUUGCCGAAAGUACAUAAGGAAGAUGUUCCACUUCCACCGGUUGUGUCAGCUAUUAAAAUAUUCAACUAUGAUCUUGGGAAAGCUCUGUCACGGUUAUUAUCACAAUUUAUCGAGAAAACAAAUAUGAUUCGUGAUUCGUUUUCUUUUGUUGAUGAAUUACUCGCACUACCAAAGUGUAUGUCUCAGUACAAAAUGGUAUCUUUUGAUAUUGCGAGUCUCUAUACAAAUGUACCACUUACUGAAACAAUAGAUAUAAUUCUCAAACAAUUAUAUGAUGGUCAUGCUAAACCUCCUACGAUUAGUCGAGAAGAUAUGAAGGAGCUACUUGAUUUAGCAACAGAAAAGUCUCAUUUUCUCUUUAAUGGACAAUUAUGUGAUCAGAUCGAUGGAGUUUCAAUGGGGUCUCCCUUAGCUCCGCUGUUCGCUGAAAUUUUUCUACAGAACUUCGAGAAAAAAUACUUAUCGUCUACUGAAAAUAUGGGUAUCGUUUACUGGUAG